AUGGAUAGAUUGGCAAGACUCCCAAACUUGGUCCUAACAGAGAUCUUUGUUCAACUCGAAACUGAGUAUAGUAUUAAUGGUCUUAUUCGCGCAUGUCCUUCUAUGCUCUGGCUUUACCACCAGUACGAGCAAGGCAUCUUGGAGAGAAUCCUGACCAAUCUGCUUACCAACGAUGUGGAAGGAAAUAUCCGAAAAGACGCCUUGGCAAUCAUGGAAUUCUGUAUCCCCGAUGGAUGCCAUGAAUCGGAAUACCGUGGCAGCGAAUUUAAAAUGGACACUUUCCACUGGCCGGAAUGGACAGAAUCUCCUACACGAGGAGAUCUUCGAAAACUUCAUCGACUUCUCGGUCGUGUCAUCAUAUUUGGCGAGGAUUAA